ACGGCGCUCAGUCGUUGACUCAACACCCUUUCUGGGUGGUAGACUGUCUUCCCCCCACUCCCCUUUCUUUUUACAGUCCAGUCACGGCCCCCAGUUCCACCGGCCUCCUCCCCUUUCCCUUCUCCUCCGAAGCGUAGGCUCCCUGGUUCCUACUUCUCUAGGAUCUCCGCCGGCUUCGCCUCCAACUUUCAUCAACGACUCUAGCAUUUCAUGCUAUGAUCACCCACCCAACAAAAAUCUUUCUUCUGCAUUUUCUUAAUUCUUUUGAUUAGAUCUUAUUCCUGGUGAAGUCAGCAGUUAACACCAACGAGAAGUUUUUAUAGCGAAGUUUUUAACCUUUCGAACAUCCAACAGAAAAAGUUCUACUUUUCCUAUCUCAAGAAAACAGAAGUCUUUACUUGAACAAGAAGGAAUUUUAUUAUAUUGUGUUGGCGCUAAAGAUUACACAGCCUGCUUCCAGGAUGGAGCGCUUGUCCCACUAACGGAGCGGCUUCUUUCUGGUUUCGGCCCGAGUCAGCUGUUCCUGCCGUGAGUUAAGCAUGGGGUGCGGGCUGAGGAAGCUGGAGGACCCGGAGGACAGCAGCCCCGGGAAGAUCUACUCGAGCCUGAAGAGAGCGCAGGUGGAGACCAAGACCGACACGGCGUACGAGUUCGUGCUGCUGGAUUUCAGCCUGGAAGGCAGCCGACCCACAGUACAGGGCCUGACCUCCCUCUUUGAGCUGCCCCAGGCCCUGUUGCCCUACUACACCCAGGGCUACAUGCUGGCCGCCCUGCACCCCAUCAUCCUGUCUGUGGGCCGGAGUCGCACCCUGCCCUGCAGCCUGCUGUAUCGGGCCGUGAUGGCCCGUCCGCGGUCCAGCAGGCAGACGGUGGCCCUGGAUCGGAGUGUCCCUGUGCUGAAAGUGGAGAUGUGGCCCCUCCCUGGAGACUCCCUGACUGAGGACACGGUGCGAGCGCUCAUUGACAGGGUGAAUAGCAGAGCCCAGGGGGGCGUGAGGUUUGUGGGCUCCGUGCUCCAACACGUCAGAUCCGACAUCCUCAGGAGCAAUGGUAGGAUGCCCAGCCCAAGGCGGAGCUGCCGGUCCCCCCCGAGGACCCCGCCCUGCACUCCACCUCAAGUCAGGGACCAGGAGGAGUCAGUGUACAGUCCUGACCUCCAGCUGCUGGUGUUUUUUCACUCCUGGGCGCCAGGCUGCGCCCCUCUGGAUGCCCUGGCCUGCAACUACCACCAGGGUGCGCUGUCCAUGCGAGUGUCACGGAAGGGCCAAGUCAUCAGUGCCUUAGAGGCUGAUUGGCUGGAGCUGACUGCUGCGUACUACCGCAAGGGCUGGUCAUUGGUGGAUUCUUUUGUUUACUGGGAUAUUCCCAAAGGAGAGCCUGUCCCCAGGUCUCUGGAGGGCCUGUUUGUGUACGAGGAACGGAGUUGCAGCCCACCAGCCAACGACACCAUUGUUGUGGAGCAGUGGACUGUCAUUGAGGGUGCCAACGUGAAGACCGACUACGGGCCCCUCCUGCACACACUGGCUGAAUUCGGCUGGCUGCUCACUUGUGUGUUACCCACUCCAAUCAUUCGCCAUGACAGUGAUGGGAAUCUGGCCACCAAACAGGUAGUGUUUCUCCAGAGGCCGGUCAAAGCCAGAUCCAUGCAGCAUCAGACCCAGGCUGGAUCUCCCCAGACGGAGGCCUCGAGCCUCUCUGUGGACCCGAACGAGCAGUCCUUUUGCCCGGCCGGCACUGGGGUGUUCCCAGUCUUUGGCGGAGGUUACCCAAGCGUCCUCUCCCAGCUGGAUGAGGGGGGGUUUGAACCGGACGAAGGGGUAGCGGAGGUCACCUGCAUGUGACUCUCCUGUCCUAACACUCAUUUCUGGCUGCAGAUUAGGCAAGUUAGACACAAGUGGACACGUUGACAUUUCAUAAAGCCAUAUUACUGUCUUUAGAGAUUUUCCUCCUUGAUAACGCUGCUGGAGAACCCUUGGUGAUAGCUGCCGAUACAUUCCUGUUGCUAAAUGUGACUUUCUUGGAAUGCUCACAUAGCAGUGGAAUAACUGUGAUACAAGAUGCUGACAGACGUGCAAGGCGUACUGGUGUCAGCGGUGUGCCCAGCCGUACUGUGCACACAGCACCCCCACCGUGACUCUGCGUGAAGCAUAGAUUACUAAAGAAACACAUCCGCGCAAAGCCAAUGCAAGUCAAACAUCCAGCCCAGAAAGAUCAUGUGGUACAUGGGGUUACGAUGGAGUCAGUUACCCUGAAACGUCUGCGCGUCAAACUCUGCUACUUUUCAGUCUCUUCUCAUUGUUUUCGUAAUCCUAAUCACACUGGUUUUGAAUGGACUAGUCCCCCACAACCAGAGGCAGGCAUUUCAGGUGUAGAAAGUAAAAAUCCAGACCAGGAUUUAAUUUCAACCAACCAGUUGAGUACUCAGUGACUGUGACUCUUUAUGCUCAACUGGUUGGUUGAAACAAAAUCCUGGUCUGGAUUUUUACUUUCUGCACCUGAAAUGUCCGCCUCUGCCCACAACUUUGUGCAUUCUGUUGCAAAUUGCUCCGCCUCCCUUCCAGGAGUGAUAACUUCUUUAAGGCAUAAGGCACACAGUCCACAGCCCCUCUACACGUAUGGAGACUGAGCAGCCAUACAUUUUAUUGCAAAUGCUGAAACAUCUGCUAAGAAACGUGCAGUCAGACAUUACAAGGGCUGCUGUAACAGCAGAGCCAGUGGUACCAGCGGCAGAACUAUCGCACAGUAACCUACAAGCUGCUAAAAAAAACAGCUUCUAAUUUAGUAGUCUGUGAAUCACAAAUGUUUAUGCAUUAUAAACACUGACACUGAUAUAGGAUAAGUUGUUGAGCAUAAUGUGCAAUUAUUGUUUUUGUUUUUCUUGGCUGGGAAGAGAAAAUUCACACUUUGCAAGUAAAAUUGUUUUUUUUUUCCAUAGUUUACACCAACUAUCACUGGAAGGUGAUGUUCAACUUCAAAAUAUUUCUGUACAUUUUAUGUGUUGCCCUUUAAAAUAAUUCAGGCGUUUUGAUAGCCUUUGAUGUACAUAUAUAUUUUUUGUGAUUGAAAUAACAUCAGUAUUACUGACUUCAAGCAGUACUGCACCGUAAUAAUGUUUUAUUCCUUUUGUGGAAGAUAAUUCCUUUUUAAAUAAAGUUUCUUUACCUUUUAA